AUUUGCCGGGGCGUGGCUGCUGUUCACAGCGAUGGAGAAACGGCUCCCAGAAAUAUCACUGAGAUGGUCAGAUUUUUCAGGCUCCCUAGAAAAACUAAGGUACAAGACUUACACAAAGAACAGCACAGACAGGGAUUGGUUUAGAAUAAAUCCUCUCGAACUACUUUUACUAGGAUGCCAAACAUUAUCUACAGGAGUUUCUACCAAACGAGAAUAUGGCACAAUGGUAUUAGUGAUGGAGUCGAUAGAAGCCCCUAUGCGCCUCAGACCUCGCUACUGGAAAUGGCUCUUCACAGUGCUAAUUGCAAUCUGCAAAGAAGAUAUAUCUCCUUUUGUUUUUCAAAGAUGUGUUUCCACUUUCACUGGAGUUUGGAAAUCAUUAAUAAAGUUUCCCAAGUUCCAACCAUCAGUCUACACAUGGUGUAUCAAUGAAGUCUCUCUAAUCUCCUUCCUUGAAUGGCUUAUUGAGAGCAAAAAAGACACUUUGGGACAGCACCAAAUGUAUGCAAGUCAACUAUUGCAGAUUGUGCAAAGCCAGUGCUUCUCUAUGUGUAGGAAUGAAGUAACUUUAUUAUUGGAAGAGGUUAAAGAAACUCUACAAGAGUCAAAGAAACAAUUUACACUAAACAAAGAAGACCUUUCAGCUAUCGUGACACAGAAUGCUUGGGAGCCUAUGGUCCUUGAGUUGUUACUGAUGAAAAGGCACAAGUCAACCGUGCUAAUGUCACUUAGAGAGGAAAGUGUCAAGAAAUUAAUACACACUCUGAAAACAGUGUCCAGUGACCUAUCAACUAGUCUUAGCUACCUUCUUGGGAUAUUGCAGGUAAUGAUGAAGUGUGAGGUUAGAAACAAUAUUCUGUAAGCAUGAUGUGUCGAGCCAACCUGGCUGAGUGUGUUGUAGCUAUUGGUGACUUUCACCUGAAGCCUAUGAAAUACGAUGUAAUCCGUCAGUAUACUGUUCAUAUCACACAUACCUAUAAGUUCUUGUUAUGGAAAUCCUUACAGGUGUUGAAUGUCAGCCAAGAGGAGAAAGGAGAACCACCAGCAGACAGUGAGGAAGAACAGCAUGCAGAAAACAAAACGGAAGUCACUGCUCCAGAAAGUCUCUAUGCCGCACUUACAGCUGCUCUCACAACUUGGAGCAGUUUACAAGGCCAAGAUGAACGGUUUCCUUCAGGGGGUUGUGAUAUUGCAAGCCAACUGCUCAGUUUGUCACAAGUUAUUCUUACGUCAGGUCCACUUCCAGAGACUUUGACUGUCACUACUGACUUCUUCACCCACACAAUAUCUACCCUCAUGAUUUACUCAACUGAAGGCUACUUAUCAAAUUCACCGCACAAGUUCUUUUGUGAGCUAAUUGAGUUUGUGUCAUCACUUGUGGAGCAGGGUAUCCCACCGCUGACAGUAGUCCAGACAUACCUGCCUAACCUCUUUGGUCCUGUGUUUGGUACAAAUAAUCACUCAGUCUCCUGCAAACUGUUGGAGUAUGGCUACCUGGCUGCCUGUUCUCAGCACCAGAAAUCACUGUUAUCUGAAGGCCUGACUUUCCUGGUCAAGGUUUACAACCUCUUCCCACCACUUGACAAAGCAAGAAUUGAGCUGGCGGCUAAUCUUAGACAUUUACAAACUCUGGAGAUUGUAAAUUCACUGCUGGAUGAUAUCAUUACCUCCGUUGUUAAUAUACCAAAUGACGAAAAGGCUUUCGCUCAAAGUUUGAACUCCGGAGAGAAAGACCAACAAACUGGAGGUUAUGAAAAUUCUGAGGUGUUUCUAGUUGAAGUUACUGAUGAUGAGAGGGAGUCUGAAAAUAAAACUCGCCUCCAGAUUCUAUUUCGUUUGUUAGACCUGGCCUGUGCUAUGGUGAGAAAUGGAGACAAUGUUUCUUUUCUGUUUGCCAGUACCUUACCAAAACUCUUCACCGGAUCAUUUCCUUCCUGUUUGAAGGAGAAAUUGCACGUUAACCAGAACCAUUACAAAGAACUCCUCACUGGUGUUUCUAUUGUUCCUUGGCAGGUUGACAAGAAAGAAUUUGCCCUCCAUCUAUUGGAACUGGCGACUCUUUCGUUGGAGAGUGACAAUGCCUCUCCAUUCCAGAUCUGUGGUGUGGUAGCUCCAAAACUGGUUCAAAAUAUUGAUACCCUGAGGCUCUCUGAUAGUGAGAAGAUGGCCACUACAGUUGAAAUUAUGAGUAUCACAUCGGAUGCCAUUAGAAAUGGACAAACCAUAACUGAACUGAUAUCUCAUGGAAUUGACCUUCUAACGGUUCUUAUCCCUGAGUCCACCACUCCAAAAGAUGCUAGGCAAUUUGUUGCACAGAUGACGAAGCAGUUGGUAGUCUUCAAUCAUUCGUCACUGCUGUUCAUGCUGAAGCAGUCUUGUAAUUUCAUGCUCAGCAAAUUCCCUGACGAGAGACUGCCAAUUCAACAGCUUUUUAAGACACUGAUACAGAGAGGAAAAAGAGAUGAAGUUAGAGCAAUGUUUAGACUCUGCCGCAGUGACUUUGAGAGUGACAUGUACACAGAUGUCAGACACCAUCUGUAUUCUUUCUCCUCUGGGACUCUCAAACAUCGCCAGUUCAUUGCUCUCUGUGAGAUUCUUGUGGCAAUAAUGGAUGUGGGGAAACCUUCACCAGUGAACAGAAGAACCCCAGAUAUGGAGGAGGAGACUGGCAAAGAGAGAAAUGAGGAACUGAUAGUUCUAGUUGUGAGGAAACUAACUCAGCCUUGUCUGGUGAAGCUAGUGAGAUGUCUCUCCACUGACAGAUUUAAACAACAAAAUUGGGUGACAAUAACAGAAGAAAUAUCUAAGAUUGCUCUCUUCAGGACACUCUUUGAUAGUGAAUUCUCUACUUUGACCAAUCUCUCGGAAAUGGAUGUAUAUCAAUUUUUUGAGAGCAAAUUUCCACCAGAUGUACUUGCUGAUGAUAGUCUGAUGCAUUUAUUGGCUGUUUGUGGGUCACGAAUUGAACACAUGCAG